GUGGCGCUGUUGAGACUGAAGCAGACAAGCGUCUUCUCUUUUUUUCUGUUGACUGUGUGACUCACACUGGUUAUUUAUAGCUUUUUCGUCGGCGAUUCAGUCCGAGCUUUCGGGAACGGUACGGAGGAUGGAGACGGUGGAGUGCUGGAAAAUCUGUUUGUGUCUUUUUAUUGCAGCGUUCAGCACUUCUCGUGGAAAUCCUACAGGAGGUCCAAGUGAUUCAGUAGUAGCAAUGCUCAGUGAUGCUGCAACAUCUGCAUUUAAUUUCUCUUCGACUGUAAUUGAAACUAGUAACUCUACAGCAACAGAAGCCAAUAACAGGAACGACACUGUCCCUCAAGCUAACAUUGGAAGUACUGUGACUUCUCCUCCUAUUUCUACACCAAGCCUGAAAAGUGAAACUAGCCUUAACAAUUCAUCAGAAAAGCCAAUUGUCAGCAUGCAAACAGAUGCACCAAAUGUCAGUGACCUGAAUCAAAUGAAUGGGAUGGCAGAUAAUACAAGCAGUGACCUAGAAAUAAGAAAUGAAACAGAGAUCCAGGUUAGCACACCUGUUGAAAGGCUUACAAGUACCAGUCGUCCCAUUACAAAAUCUGUUAAUUCCAGUGUUGACUCCAUUGUAACUGAGUCAAAUGGAAAUGACACUCAAGUGAACCCUACUGUCAAAACAACUGCAAUAACAUACCAAAUGGAGACCUCUGCGAAAAUGUCUUCAGCUGCCAAAGACUCUACAUGGGAGGUCACAAUUAAAUCAACGAAUAUGCCUUCUAUAACGUCUGCUGGACAGAAGGAAGCAAAAGAUACUACCAGUAAUGUGCCAACUGCACAAUCCCUAACGUCUACAGCUCUGCCCAUGCGACCAACUUCCAAGACCAUGUCCACUUCCAUGACAUCCAGUGGCUCUGGAGUGAUAUCCACUGUGAUGGUACCCCUGUCCACCAGCCACACAAGACCGACCACCACUUCUACCACCAGCACUGUGAGCAUAACUGCCACAAGGAUCACCACAACCAACAAAGCAACCACUUCGUUUUCUGUGCAGCAUCUCGAAGGGAAUUUGGCCAGUACCAAAAAGAUGGUGGAUGGGAGGCCAGUUUCUGAUCCAAGUGAAACCAGAAUGGACCCUCUUGUUAUAGGACUGAUCACAGUUUUCUUUAUAAUUAUUGGAAUUGUUUCAAUACUUGGGUUUCUCAAGUACCGUCGGAGAAGCAACCAACCAGAAUUCCGGCGUCUUCAUGAGCUCCCGAUGGAUGACAUGAUGGAAGAGGAUACUCCUUUGUCUCUCUACAGCUACUAGAAGUCGCUGCAGCCAAAAAACUCAUCAACUUGCACAACAUUGCAACUACUGUGUUUUGAAGUAUUGUUAGCUGGCAUGCUAAGGACUUUUUUUGCAGUUUUUCUUUUAUGUGAGCCAAAUUUGCAUCUAAAUGCAUCUUUUGAGUUUUUGUUUUUUUUUGAAACCCCAUUUGGGGAACUGGUAGUUUUGAACGUGGAUCAAAAUUCAGCUUUAUUCCUUGCCAAAAUAUUUCCCUUCUGUCCACGGAGCUUUUAACUACACCUGUUUAUUCAAUCAAACUUAUUAGUUUGUAACUUUUUAAAAAAAUUAGGAGGCUAAUGAAGAUGAUCUUUUCUGUACGUCUAAACUUGUAGUAGAAAUUGCAGCUGUCCAAUCAGGUGCCAAAGGAACAAGGAGCUAGUAUUUGCAUUAACAAAUAUCAGAAGGUCCUGAACAUCCACGAUAAAUGGUUUGGGUCUGUUCCAGUCAACAUAUUGUAUCGUAUUAUGAAAUUGUACUUUAGGGGUAGCACAUUUGGGUUGAUUUGAACUCUUAUUUCUACCGAAAUCUUUCUAUCAUUUGCACUCAAUGCUGACAUGUUUUUGUUUGAUCAGGAUGUAUUGAUGUUCUAGUCAACUACUUGGAGGGUUCAACUUUUAUUACUUGAAUUAAAUAUUUAAAUUGGAAUGAUUGAAAGGUCUUGAUCUAAUUUCAAAUGUUUUGGAAGGAAAUGUAGUCCUUCUCCCAGCGAUCCCAAUAACGUAGGGAGUUCCAUUGCACUGUUUAUAGAUCAAAUUGCACCGCUAUAAAAGGAAAUGAAAUGUGGAAAUUUAAAGGUGUGAUAUGAAUCAAAGGCAUGACUUGUAUUUCAAAGCCAAUGUUCUCUUGGAUGCUGGCAUUUCCUCCUUUUUUAAAAAAUAUAGAUCUGUUCUUUGUAUCAUUGUAAUGCCUCUGGUUCAAUCCUUUGAUUCUGAUUAAAUCCUUGUGCAUGUCUAGAAAAGUGCACAGUUUCAAUUACAUUCUUAUAAAUAGCCAAAUCGAACAUUUUGGAGAGAGUUAAAGCUUAAGACAUUUUGUCUCGGCUGCAAAUUCCAUAUAUACUUUGAGAAUUCAGAGGAUGUUACAUGAGUUGCAGUGAUACUUAGAACUGUUAUCGGGGUGCCACCGUAGUAAAACUUUAUUUGUUUUGGAAGCUAGAUUUAGAAACAAAUUGAUGAAGUUUGAUUCACAUGCCCAUUGUCAUAAUUUGAUGUAGCUGGAAAGUUACAUUUAAGGCAGAAGGCUUAGCUGGUCCCUGGGUGUGAUUUGAGAUUGAUCAGUUUUAAACAUAAACAGAAAGAAUGCACUUUGAAUCUCCAAUUUGAUAGUCACUUAUUUUCUUGCCUUAUCAUCAUCAUCAUCAUCUACCUUUCUUGAUAAAUUUCUGCAAAGUUGGGAUGUCCAACCCUCUCCUGAACCUGGGAUUAUGGGUACUUUUUGGUUCCAGCCUUUUGAGUAAAAUGUUACCUAAUUCAAUGUUAAAAUAGCCAGGAUUCAAUUCUAGGCUCAGGUGGUUAUAGACUCGUUUGUUGUAGAUUUAUUAUUUUCUGGUAUAGAUGUCACUUCCUUCAUUUGCCUAACAGGUACAUGAGAGUUUCACAUUCUUGGGAACUGCUUGUCGUGGAGAUGGAUCACGUUUUGACUUUCAAUCUUGCAUUUCACACUUACUGCCAAAAUUUCUUUAUUUAGGAUCAAACCUAAAAAGAAUUACCACCAUGAGCUUCAUUCAACAUCUUUCUACCCUUAUUGAUUAUGCUUUUUAUAAUUAAUCAUUUCCACAUGAAUGUAAAAUACAAAUAUUAUAUGAAGUUGGAGACAAAGGCAGCUCAAGAAUCUCUUAAGCCUGCUUCACCAUUCUGUGAUCUGUGUGGACUUGUGUAAGUGGGAGAUUUAAAAAUUACUUGCUUCCUAAUUUUGUUCUUCAGUGACCUUGGUCAAAUUUCAAUGUGAUACAUCUUUUAAGUAUUUUUCUGAACUGAGAUUUUGUGCAUAUCGUAUCAUCUUCAGCUAUACCGGAAGUGUCUCCACAACUAAAGCAUCACUUCCCUUUUUUUUGUAUUCCAAACCCCUUGUUAUAAAGAUCAACAUUCCAUUUGCCCUUUCGUUACCUGACUACACAAACUUCCAAACUCCCACUGCACUUUUUUGCAGCUUUCACAAGAGUUGGUGAGAGUUUUUUGAACUACUUUUUUGGCCGAUUGCAAUCACAAGUGAAGGAUGGUGAAUAGGUUUUCUGGUUUUUUUUUGGGGGGGGAGAAAAGUAUGUGCCUGUAACUCAAGAUUGAAGAAGAAUGACAGAGCUAAUGGAGAUGUUUGCUCUGGACUGAAUUGUAACUUACUUGUAGUAAGGCUGAGAAACAUGCUGAUUGCAGUUGUUGCUGCAUGAUUUGAGAUUUAAACAAGUUAGCCACAAAAGCUUUGUGGUGUUGGUUAUUUUGUACUAUAGGUUCCUUUUUCCUUGUGUACAGGUAAUGCUGUUGAUUUCUUUUGAAAUUAGACUGGGUAAAAUAUUAAAUGGGCAAAAUGGCUGGAAAUUUCCGAUAAACACUUUUUUUUGUGUUUUUUUUUUCGUUUAUCCAGUCAUCCCUUCAAAUAGAAUGCAAUAAAUCUGGGCCUAACCAGUAGCUGUGGGGAAAAUUCCUAUUAACUUGCAUAUGAUGUGUUUAUGCAAUGAGUGAUCCGAAAAGAUGCUGAACAUGUGCCCCUUGGUUUCAGCUAUCGGGUGGAAACAAAGGAAUAAAGUGAAAUUGAUAUGUGUUCAAGGUUCUUUUUAAUCCUCCCAUUUUAAAUAGAGACUUGAUUCCCUGAAAACCAAUUAAUCUACCACUAUUUCAGGUUUGUUUGUGACGUUCUUUACCUCUCUUUAAUAAACAGACACUAUUUUUCUUUUGGAAGAUUGAGUCAAGGGCAGAGGAGAUGAGAUGCUGUCUGUUUCUAAUCUCACCAAUCCCAAAUCAUUGAUUAGGCCAAGCUUUAAAUCACAUGUUAGCAAAGUUGAUUUCAUUCCUUUUUAAUGUUGUCAAAAAUACCUAUUUCAGCAAUCUUUUACCUUAACUGUCCAUAAAGUAACAAUUUCAGUUGUUUUCACAAGGAAAUGUGCUAAAGCAGAAGUUGCUAAAAUUAUCAAGAUUGUAGAUUUGGAGGAUGGAGCCUGAAAUAAAUAACUGUCUUAGUGACUGCAAUACCCCUGUAAUUUGAAGUUAUAAUACAAAAUCUGUAAGAGUUUAAAUCGAUACCUGUGCUGAAUUUUUAAAUACUUUGAGGUCAUGUCGAGAGUACUGUUGUGUCCAUUAUUAAGAAACUUUUCUAGUUUAGAACCAUUACACUAGAGGACAAGGUUGAUCCUUACUAAGCUUUCGAGAAAUAACCAAUGCCCUAAGGACUUUCAACUUCCCUAGUUGUGAAAAUGCCAGAUCCUUUUAAUGGUGGGGUAAACAUUUGUAUAAAGAAGAGAUCAUGUAGUUUCUGCCAAAAUCAUCAUCUGAUUCUGUCAUUCUUUUUGCAUUUUGUUCCAGGUUUCAAUGUUUCUUUGCAAUUUUUUUAUUGCAUUUUAAUGUUUGACAUUCCAUAGAUACUAAAGAAUUUUUUUGAAUCACUGAUGGAACUUUGUUUCUACAUGACUUUUUUUUUAAAGAAAAGCUCCCUUGAUCUGAUUUCCAAAAAGACUGAGUGUUAUGUCAUUGGACAGCUUCCUGUGCCUUUUUGAUUCAGUUGUUGUGAAGUACAAUUCACUUCCAUUUAGCUUAACAACUUCAGUGUCACUAAUUUAAAUUGAGAUACUGAAUAACUAAUGGGUAUGCUUCCAGCUGAUCUUUUUGAUAUCAAUUGUACAGCAUGUUACUAUUGACCUGUGGGUGUUUCAACAGAUACAUUGAGUGCUGAAACAAAAUAAUCAUGAAAUGAUUAGUUCAUAUGGCAGAACAAAAUUAAGUUGGAAAUUCACUACAACUUUUAACAAAGUUUCAGCACAUCUUUCUUUCCCCACUGUGCUGUUUCAUGGUUCCGUUUUAAUGUGUUUGAGCAGUUUGGUUCACCCAUGUUGUCCAUGUUCCUUUUAAUUUUCUCUUCUGCACAAGUCACUUGGUGUAAAAUUCCUAGAGUUAAAAAAUUAAUCAUUUGUAUGAUUUGGGUUUCUCUUGGCAUAUUUGUAAGUGGAGGGAGAUUUUGAUAUUUAGUUAGUUCCAUAAUGUUAAUUCAAAAUGCUGGUGGUUCUCCCCAAAAAUUCUGAAAUUCUUUUCAGAUUUAGUUUUUCUUGGAAAAUGUUGCAUUGCCUAGUGUUUUCUUCCAGAUAGCAAGUACAAUCCUAAAUACACAUGAAAUUUUCAGGUGUGCUGUUUGCAUCAAAGUACGGUCUUCAAUGGCAGCCCUGACUUUAGCAAAACUGUAAGUUUUUAAAUGAUGCACUGAAGUCCUUUUGAAAGUGAGAUUUGUCUCCAUCUUGACGUGGCUUCCGUUUAGUCAGCAGACUUGAGUAUUUGGUCAGUGCCUGUAAGGAACAUGCAACCUUGUGGCUAACUACUUUGUCCGAGGUUUGGUCAUCAGAAAUAAAAUUGCAUCAUACAAGUGCAAAAAUGCAAGUAGUUUGAAAGUUAUUGUACUGUGAUACAAAGUUCGUGUCAUAAGUAGUUUAUUGCAGAAGCAAAAACAAAUUGCUGGAAAAGCUCAGCAGGUCAGGCAGCACUUGUGGAGAGAAAUCAGUUCAUGUUUCAGGUCAGGUCACCCUUUCAGACUUUGUGGUAAAACUUUCUUUCUAAUAAAUUUUGCAAUCGAAGAAGCCGAAGUUACAAAGGUGUCUGUUUAACAAUGGUGCGAAUUAUCACACCUGAUGAAGAGGGAGACUUGGUGAAACAUCCUGUAAGCUAGCAUUUAAUAAACCUUUUUAGCUGGAUUAGUUGUCAGGUGGAUUGCUCCUAUAUUAAGGAUGAAAGCCAUUAUUAUUACUUUUUGUCUUGUGUGCAAAUGCUGUGCCAGUUAUAUAUUUUUGAAAUGUCUCAUUUUUAAUGUGGUACCUGUAAAUUUAAAGACUAUGAUUAUUUUCUGUCUUAACAUGCAACAACUAAAGGUAUUUGUGUGGCCCAGAUAUUUGUAUUUUUAAAAAUUGUUUAGCUAUUAGUAAAGCUACAGAAUGAGGAACGCUGAGUGGAAUUCCAAAAAUUAGAACCUGUAGUAUUGAGACACCAAACUCUCACUGGUAGCCGUAGUUACAUUCCUAUUCUUCUUAGCCUAUGAACAUGAUUAUCAGCCUGCCGGUACUGCCGAUUUGUCAUUCUUAGUGCAAAAGUUUUCAGAGACAAAGCGUUACUUCUUUUCAGGUCAGGUUUUGUUUAGAAGGUUGAUUACUUUACAAUCCUUUUGUGAUUUUGCAUUUUAUGGAAUAAAACACAUUUGUGAACUCUGAGGAGGUGCUUAGUUUGCACUAUUUGAUUUUUUUUCCCAAGAAAACAAAGCUGUGUGGAAUAAUUUCGUGCAAACAUUAGUGUAAUGUUAAUUUCGUAUGGAAUGUAUGUUCUUGACAGGAAGCAGGAAAUGGAGUGUUCAGAUUGAAAGAAGUUAAUUUUAUACAAUUGCCUUGUGUUUUUGUUUUAUUAAAAAUUUUGGUUUUCUGUU